GGGCGUGCCGAGCCCGAGGGAGGGGUCGUCCUGCGGGUAGCCGGAGGCCGGGGAGGCUCUGGAGCCUAGGGUGAGAGAGGGAGCGAAAGGUGAGCGGAGCUGAAGGAGGGGACGCGCUGCCGGACGCCCCCAGUCUAUGGAGCGGGGUAAGAUGGCGGAGGCGGAGAGCCUGGAGACAGCCGCGGAGCACGAGCGGAUCCUGCGAGAGAUCGAGAGCACAGACACGGCCUGCAUCGGGCCCACCCUCAGGUCUGUCUAUGAUGGUGAGGAACAUGGACGAUUCAUGGAGAAACUUGAAACUCGCAUCCGCAAUCAUGACCGGGAAAUUGAGAAAAUGUGCAACUUUCAUUACCAGGGCUUUGUGGACUCUAUAACUGAACUGCUGAAAGUGAGAGGGGAAGCUCAGAAACUCAAAAAUCAAGUGACGGAUACUAAUAGAAAACUGCAGCAUGAGGGGAAGGAACUGGUAAUAGCAAUGGAAGAGCUGAAGCAGUGUCGACUACAACAGAGAAAUAUUUCAGCCACUGUUGAUAAAUUAAUGCUGUGUCUUCCAGUCCUGGAGAUGUAUAGCAAACUGAGGGACCAGAUGAAAACUAAAAGGCAUUAUCCUGCACUGAAAACUCUGGAACAUCUAGAGCAUACCUAUCUGCCUCAAGUAAGCCACUAUCGAUUCUGCAAGGUGAUGGUGGACAACAUCCCCAAGCUCCGAGAAGAGAUUAAGGAUGUUUCUAUGUCUGAUCUCAAAGACUUUCUGGAGAGUAUCCGCAAACAUUCAGACAAAAUUGGAGAGACUGCCAUGAAGCAAGCUCAACAACAAAGAAACCUGGAUAACAUCGUCUUGCAACAACCCAGAAUAGGUAGCAAGAGAAAAUCUAAAAAAGAUGCAUACACAAUUUUUGAUACAGAGAUAGAAAGCACUAGCCCCAAGUCUGAACAGGAUUCAGGAAUUCUGGAUGUUGAAGAUGAGGAAGACGAUGAAGAGGUACCUGGAGCCCAAGAUUUGGUGGAUUUCUCUCCUGUUUAUCGAUGUCUACACAUAUAUUCUGUUCUGGGUGCCCGGGAAACAUUUGAGAACUACUACCGGAAACAGAGGCGAAAACAGGCCCGUUUGGUGCUGCAGCCCCCAUCUAACAUGCAUGAAACUUUAGAUGGCUACAGGAAGUAUUUUAAUCAAAUUGUAGGCUUUUUUGUGGUUGAAGAUCACAUUUUACAUACAACCCAGGGCUUAGUAAAUAGAGCCUACAUUGAUGAACUCUGGGAAAUGGCACUUUCAAAAACCAUUGCGGCGCUCCGCACCCACUCGUCUUACUGCUCUGAUCCAAACCUCGUGUUAGAUUUGAAGAACCUCAUUGUGCUUUUUGCUGACACACUUCAGGUGUAUGGUUUUCCUGUAAAUCAGCUUUUUGACAUGCUGUUAGAAAUCAGAGAUCAGUAUAGUGAAACUCUGCUAAAGAAGUGGGCAGGUAUCUUCAGAAACAUACUUGAUUCUGACAACUACAGUCCGAUACCAGUAACAAGUGAAGAAGUGUAUAAAAAGGUGGUAGGACAGUUCCCAUUCCAAGAUACAGAGCUGGAAAAGCAACCAUUUCCAAAAAAGUUUCCUUUCUCUGAAUUUGUGCCAAAAGUUUACAACCAAAUUAAAGAAUUUAUUUAUGCCUGCCUGAAGUUUUCGGAAGAUCUUCACCUAAGCUCAACUGAAGUCGAUGACAUGAUUCGCAAAUCUACAAACCUGUUGCUAACCAGGACUCUGAGCAACUCCCUGCAGAAUGUCAUUAAAAGGAAGAAUAUUGGACUGACUGAGCUUGUCCAGAUUAUCAUCAAUACAACACACUUGGAGAAGUCCUGUAAGUACCUGGAAGAAUUCAUCACUAACAUCACUAAUGUGCUUCCAGAGACAGUCCACACCACCAAGCUUUACGGCACCACAACUUUUAAGGUGAGACAGCCCUAUGGCCUCUGGUGUGCAUACUGCAUCAGAAAAGUGCAGAUCCUUAUUUCAGGUCCAUUAUUGGUGGAGUCCAUUAACAUGAUGAUUUACACUCUUACAUUUCAGGGAAAGGUGGCCCAGACAGCAUGUAUGUCAGCUUGCAAGCAUUUAGCCACAUCCUUGAUGCAACUUUUGCUGGAAGCUGAAGUAAGACAGCUCACUCUGGGAGCAUUACAGCAGUUCAACUUGGAUGUCAGAGAAUGUGAACAGUUUGCCAGAUCCGGCCCGGUGCCUGGGUUCCAGGAGGACACGCUGCAGUUGGCCUUCAUCGACUUGAGACAACUUUUGGAUCUCUUCAUCCAGUGGGAUUGGUCAACCUACCUUGCUGACUAUGGUCAGCCCAGCUGCAAGUACCUGCGAGUGAACCCGGUGACAGCUCUGACACUGCUGGAGAAGAUGAAGGACACUAGCCGCAAGAACAACAUGUUUGCACAGUUUCGGAAAAAUGAGCGAGACAAGCAGAAAUUGAUUGACACUGUGGCCAAGCAGCUCCGGGGACUCAUCAGCAGCCACCACUCGUGAAGGCUGGCCUCGGGCCCGCAGAGGCUGCUCACGACAGCCCGAGAGGCCGGGACCCAGCCCCGGCUGGCCCUGCAUUUGUGCAUUCUUCUUCAAAGAGAGCAAAUGUAUUUUUUUAAUAACCUGUGUACAGUAUUCACAUAACCUUUUCCUAUAGUGAAAGAGGCACAAGAAAAAGCAAGUACGUGAGGUGUGGCUAGGCUGGGACACAGGGGAAGUCAUACUGUACUCUCUGUAGUGGCCUGGAGAUGGUGGUGUCACCAAUCCCAGGAUGCUGACCUACCUUUCAUCGCGGCUCUAGAGCCUAGGUCUGGGGCUCAGGAAUGACACAAACAAAAUGGGUCCUUGGCACUGGGAGGUAAGGUGAGUAGGCGAAAAGAUAAUAAAGUAUAUCCUGUUCACUCCCGGGCGCCCCAUUCACCACACAGGUGGGGUUGGCCCUUCCCGAUGAAAGGAGAGGACCUGGAAAAUGUUACUGUUUAGCGUAUGAAAGACCAGCACAUGGUUCUGGAGGUUCGUAUCUCCUCAAUCCACCAACUUUCAUUGGCUGGGGAACAAGCAUGGCUUGUGGCCAAAUGACAGCUUCACUCCAAUCCCCCAAGGGUGGCAGUUUCUUUAGCCCGGAUCUGACCCAGUGCUUUUAUUGCUGAUUUUUCUGGGGCAAGAUAGAGCUGAGUAUACAGUGGUGAUAAUUGGACCCCGUGACUAAGGACGGGUUGCUUCACACCAGGAGGAGUUUUAUUAGCUCUUGAAAGCCAGCGUGAAUGGAAUCAGAGCCUCGGUCCCUUCCCUGUUCAUCUCAUCGUCUUCUUUCAGGGUCGGGGCACUUGGUUCAGAGCAUAGAUCGACAGUUCUCUCCAUUGAUCUUCACAGAGAGUCUCAGACUUGGCCUCCUUCAGGAGUGUCUUUGGGAUAAGUCAGAUUCCAGAAGCUGGAAAUGGCCCUUCCUUUACCCUUAGGUAACACCUGAAAGUUACUUGGGAGUGCUUCUUGUGUUUGAAAGCCAGCUCUCUGGCCACCAUCUUUCAAAGAAACAUUAUCAGCUCUGCGCUAUGGGGGCAGCCGCAGCUGGACAGGACGCCUGUGGGGAUGGAGCUACUGUCACCAUGAAGUAGACUGGGCCAACCAUGGCCAGUAGUUUGUUGCCUCUGGCCCAGCGGUCCCUUCCUAAGUCAUAUCCCAGAUGUGAAGCUCUUCUUCCUCAAGCCCAAGCCUUCCAUCCUCUCCUGAGAUCCCCGUAGCCGUCGUAGCCGUCUUUUGGCCUCACCUGAGAAAGGUGGUCUGCAAUCCCAUCCCGUGCAUUCUGGAGUUUGGCAAGGGAGCCUGGACUAGCUAGCUUGGAGGCUGUGUCCAGUGUCGCACAUGGGUUCCUGCCACUUGGUGCAAGGGCUUUGCUGUGAGGUCAGUCAGAGGAGCCUGCACUUUAAGACUCUUCAGGAAGGUGCUGCUGUGGCUACUGGCAAGCGUAUAAUUGUGUAUCACCAAACAAUGACAAAUAAGCCACAGGCAUUUCCAGCUUGGAUUAGUGGGAGGAGAGACUCAUCAAACAGAAUUCUUCACCACCUUUGUCAGCUCCUAAGUUGCUUCUGGGGAGGGCAGUGCUUCCUUUUUCUUUCCCCACCCCAAUCCCCCCGUAUCCCAUCUCAACUUGCAAACCAGGGGGAAGAGAGUACACACACAGACCUGAGCCUUCCUCAAAGCUGGAGACGCCAGGCUGUGUGGAAGCUCUGGAGAAGCUUUCUAAGGCUUUCCUUGAGGCCUAGGUGCUUGGCCCAGGAUCUCAGGAUGAGGAUCGAGGGUAAAUUGCAAAAGGCAAGGGAGGGCGGGGGGGCCAUGGGAAUGAGACCCCAGAUGCCAUCGCCCGAGCCCUGGGUUUGGUUGAAGGAGAGCAAGAAAUGAUUACACUAAUCUGGAGUCCUGUUGCUUAAGAAGGGCCCAACACACACUCCUUCACUGGUCCCCUGUUGGCAGCAAGAUCCUUUCAGCUUAGAGUACUGAGACUGGGACACGGGACAGAGAGAACCUUAAGCAUGUCAGUUUUUGUCUUUUCUGAGUCAUCAUUGCUGGUCUGGUCUCAAUCCCCUACCCUGGAAAGGCUGCCGCAGAGGAAAAGUAGACAGGGUGGAGGAAUGGGGUUUCCUCUGCACAUCGUACAUGGGAGUCCCUCUAAAGAACACACUUACCCAAGUUCAGGACUCAGGGGAGGAUCGUUUGGUGCAUCUCUUCCCUCUCAGUCUGUCUUCAGUCUUCUCUGAUGAAACCAACAUGCUGCUACUGAGUUGUCUCUAGAGACACGCUCUUUUUGGGCAAGGGAAGGUCAAAAAACAGGGACCGGCAAUGUCCAAGCUGUUUGGAUUGGCGAAGUCGGAUUUUUGAGUCUUGUCUCUAGGCCUGUAGCUGGGCCAGCCCUUGAGAGGACUUGUGCACAUGUGCCCAUGCCCCUCAGACUCCUAAGACCUGGCCUCAGAUGCCCAGAGGUGUGGAAGUGCCCCGGCAGGCCUCAAUACGAGAGCAAGAACACGGGUGGCUAGAAGCCUAUGGGCCUUGGAGUUAGCGUGACACUUAGCCAGUUCUUGGGGAACCAUGUCCAUGUUUCUAAAGGGACAUUCUGGUCUGGGACCCUAGUAGGUUUCAGCAGAACUGUAGGCAGCUCGUAUAGUUUUAGCAUUCACAGGAAAUCUUUGAGUGGACUGUGAAUGAAGCUGUUGGGGGUGGGGAAGAACAGGA